CAAAUAUCAACAGAUCAUCAUUGUAGGAUAAGGAUCAGGUGUUUUCGUUUUGUGCCUAGCCUAUUUGUAUUAGCUGUCAUAAAAUUGCUUAGGCCUAUUGCUAGUAUUGCUAGCUAAAGCUAAUGCACAAGUCAAUAUUAUAAUUAUUAUUUUUGUGUAUUACUGUUGAAAGUACGUAGAUUGUUCAGAGAUUAUUGCCGGGGCCUUUCAACAGGCACUUUUAUCAAAUACUUUUUAGGACUAACCAUUAUUUUUUUCAAAUUGAAUUUCAAUUUCAAUUUUCAAGUGAAAGUUACCUACUUAGGCAGUCUUCAAAAACCUCCUAGAAUUGAACAUUAGGCUACUCAUUUCCCCGGGAGCUUAUUUACUUGAUAAUAAGCCUAGUAUUGCAUUGAAUCACUUAAGUAAUGAUUAAAAGUAUAAAAUAUUUAUUUCCCUGUGUUUUAAUCCUUAUUUUAUUAGGAAAUGUUCAAAGUGGAGAAAACAUAGAACCAAAUCUUGAGGAUGUUGCUAGAGGAGAAGUUCAAAGUUGUAGAGGCUGCUCUCUAAACAGACUACCUGAUGUGAAAACCUUCAUCUAUGGUGAUUUGCCCAAAUAUUCUGGAGUAGAGUUUCAUCCAAUACCUGGAGCUGUUCCACACCUGGUCUUGUUUGAUAAGUCUGAUAAGGAGCUGUACAGAACCGACCUGUCCCACUUGUCUCGGCAGGGAUGUAACGAUUUGGUAAAAAAGUAUUUCAAACUCAAGGAUGAGGAAGAAGACCAAAUAGAAAUUCCAGCUGUCGUAAAAGAAGUCAAAGAAGAGCUGUAACCCUGUAAUGUACUGUCUAGUCCAAACUUAUAAGGUAUGAAAAAUACACUAAGAAAAGAAAACAAAGUUUCAGAGUGGGCUCUCAUACUGGCGUAAAACUGACUUAGUAAAAUUAAGUCUAGUUCUUGUGGAAUUUUGUUCAAAGUGUUUUGAGAUUUUUAAUACCUUUUCUUAAAAGUGCAAUACAUCUUAUUGCAACUCCUGUGCAAGAGUCCUUUACUACAAAUAAUCUAAUGAUAAACACACAGUAUAGCACAAAGUAAUUUGUAUAGUUGAUUAAGGCUUUUGUUUAGUCUAACAUGAAUGUGAUUAAAACACCCAACAUCAAUCCUUAAAAAUUGGUGGUAGGUUUUGCCUAAUGUGCCGUUCAAAGUCAAGUUCAAAGUACCUGUUCAUAAGUAUAGUGAUAACUAAUCAUUCCACUUAUUUACGUAUACGUUUUAAAAGUAAUGUACGUUUAAUAACAUCUAGGUAUGUAACAAGUCUGAUUAAAUAAUCCAAUUAUUUCUAAGCUAAUUAUAAUACAUUUAAAAAAUGUAAAUGUGUAAAUGUAAAAAUGUCUCAUGUGCAAUAGCAUAGACUAAGCAACACAAGGGAGUAUGUUUUUUCUAUGGCAAUAGUCUAAUAACAAAACACUUUUCUUUAGCAAUUAGUUUAUUGUUUGAAAGAAAUAUGUAUUUAGUUUACACUUGAAUUUGUUUGAAUACGGGUGUGUGCAAUACAGACGCAGAGUGGAACUUUGUCAAAUAUUUUUAUUAAUUAAAUUGUCAUUGUGUUGGUAAUACAAGAAACUAAUUUGGUUCAGUUUCCUAUUGAAGAUGUUAUAUAAUACACUUACAAUGUACCAUAACAAGUUAAGAAAAUCAUAAUACAAUUAAAAUUGUAUGCACAAAUUGUUGUAUUUUAUAUACUAAGUUAAUGAACCUUGAACUUUCUCAUUGGCUUUAUUUUUUUCUUUAACUUAAAUAAAUAAAUAACUUUUUGAUCAGUAUCGAACGUGUUACUAAAUUACCUGAAAAUAGAAAAAAAAUAUGUCAAAUAACACUUGUGAUAAUACAUUUACACUUGUACUUUUUACUCACAAGACAGUAAAUACAUAUAAAAGAUGGUAAGUGGUGAUCGAUUUUGAUUGGACACUCCAAUCAUCAUCAGACCCAAUAGGCAAAUUAGUAUAGGGGUUUUGUUUUCUUUCGGACCAAAAACAUCAUUUGUUUAUGUUUAUGAUCCAUACCGGUAUUUUUCUAGUACUCGUGGUAUUUACCGUAUUGUGAGUAAACAGUAUAAGUGUAAAUAUAUUAUCACAAGUGUUAUUUGAUGUAUUUUUUGUAUUUACAGGCUAACUCAGGCUAAACAAAUUAUUCCUAAUGAAAGACUUUGACUCUAUGUUAAAAGCAAUGUGUACUAGCCUACUUGAUUUUGUAAUUAUACAAUCAAAC